AUGAAGUCGAGGACGAAAGGUCAGGGUGGCUGCGCGCGGUUCUGGCGUGCGGAGAAGCGGUUCCGCUUCACGAUACGGCACAUCGUCAAGAGCCAGUGGUUCUACUGGGGCGUCAUCAUGCUGGUGUUCUUCAAUACGUUCUGCGUGGCAGUGGAGUUCCACGGCCAGCCCCAAGUGGUGAACGAUUUUAUGAAUGUUAACUAUGCCGAAUAUGUGUUCCUGGGACUCUUCAUGUCGGAAAUGUUCAUCAAGAUGUACGCGCUAGGCCCCAGGAUAUACUUCGAAUCGGCCUUCAAUCGCUUCGAUUGCGUAGUUAUUUCUGGGUCUAUUUUUGAGGUAAUUUGGAGCGCAGUCAAAGGAGGCUCUUUCGGCUUGUCAGUACUCAGAGCUUUAAGAUUACUUAGGAUAUUUAAGAUACUGACUGGAGAAGACUGGAACGAAGUGAUGUACAACGGCAUCAACGCUCUAGGCGGGCCAAACAGUGGAGGCAUGGUUUAUUCUUUAUACUUUAUCAUUCUUAUGUUGUUCGGUAACUAUACGCUUCUGAACGUCUUCUUGGCCAUCGCCGUUGACAAUUUGGCCAAUGCCCAAGAACUCACUGCCGCCGAAGAAGAACAAGCAGAAGAAAACAAGGAGAAGCAAGCACUAGAGUUAGAAAAAGAAAUGGAAGCGCUCCAAAUGGAACACGGGAGCAAUCCCAGAGUGGAAGUUAGUUCGCCAAGUCCGCCUACCAGCAGAAGAAAAAAGAAAGAAGAGAAACCUCCAGAAGAAGAGGAAGAAAUAGUGGGACCCAAACCUAUGCUGCCAUACUCUAGCAUGUUUAUUCUUUCGUCUACAAAUCCAAUUCGUCGUGGUGCUCACUGGGUUGUGAACCUGCGUUACUUCGAUUUCUUCAUCAUGGUGGUGAUCUGCAUGAGUUCCGCUGCUCUAGCUGCCGAAGAUCCGGUCAACGAGCACUCGUUCAGGAACAACAUUUUGGAUAAGUUCGAUUACGCCUUUACCGGCGUGUUUGCGGUCGAAAUGUUCCUCAAAGUGAUCGAUCUGGGAGUGAUUCUUCACCCGGGGUCGUACUUGCGGGAGUUCUGGAAUAUCAUGGAUGCCGUGGUUGUAGUUUGCGCGCUGGUGUCCAUGGGGUUCGACUUUAUGGGCGGUGGAGGUGCCGCAGGGGCCAACUUGUCAACAAUCAAGUCGCUGCGAGUUCUUCGCGUACUUCGACCGCUCAAGACCAUCAAGCGAGUGCCCAAACUGAAGGCAGUGGGCCAGUAUUUUGUAUAUGAUGAUGACAGUGAUGUUCCAAGGGUAGAAUAUAGGAUGUGGCUACGCCAAAGGUUCCAUUACGAUGACGUUGCUAUGGCUAUGCUAACCUUGUUCGCUGUACAGACAGGAGAAGGAUGGCCAACAGUAUUGCAAAAUUCCAUGGCUGCCACCUACAGUGACCAAGGACCCAUUCAAAACUUUAGAAUAGAAAUGUCCAUUUUCUAUAUAGUGUACUUCGUAGUGUUUCCAUUCUUCUUCGUAAACAUCUUCGUGGCCUUGAUCAUCAUCACCUUUCAAGAACAGGGUGAAGCAGAACUUCAAAGUGGUGAAAUAGACAAAAAUCAGAAAUCUUGUAUUGAUUUUUGUAUACAAGCCAGGCCGCUGGAACGAUACAUGCCCAGCAAACGGAGCAGCCUCAAAUACAAAAUAUGGCGGAUAGUCGUGUCCACGCCUUUCGAAUACUUCAUCAUGAUGCUCAUUGUUUUUAAUACUUUACUUUUAAUGAUGAAGAUUAUUGACCAAUUCUUACCUGUUUUGUCCCAAAAGCCAAUAUUCUUAAAACAAACCAAACCCAAUCUUCUUAGUCCCAAACAGCAUACACAUACAUAUACACCUACACUGCCUCAUCAGCCUAUUAGAAUAGAACAUAGACACAAAGAUUUACAAAGGUUAGACAAAGGAAACUACAACUUGUUGAAGACUUAG